CAUCGUCAUAUAUAAACAAGCGGCUGCUGUUUUAGAGAGAGAAACGUGAACAAGAAUUAUCCGUACACAUAUAUAGAUGUAGACGUAGUAGUCCAAAGGAGGAAUGUGGAAGCUGCGGUAGUGUAUCUACGACAAAGAGAAAAGACAGUAGAAAGAAAAGAAAAGAAAAGGAGGCUUCUUUACCUCGCUGAGAAAUCAAAACCCUACCUUGUGGAGCCACUGGGAUUGAAUCUAAUUUCUUUCCUUUUACUUUUCCUUUUUCUAAUGAGAAUUAUGCUUUAGAUCUAUUAGCACUUAUAUUUUCCAUUAGUUUUUGUGGGUUGUGACUUAUCAGUAAUAUUUUCUGAGAAAUGAUGAAUUUUGGAUAGGGGAAGGCUAUUUUUGAAGCAAGUUUGAAUAUUUGAUUCUGGGGUGUUUCCAAGUUUCCCUUUUUUUCAGUUUUGUUGGUAUGUAGAAAUUGAUAUUCUUGCUUCAAAUGUGCUAGUGGUUAAUGCUGAAGUGUAUGUUGGAAGAAUGUUUAGGCACACAAUGUGAUUUGAGUUGUGUUAUUCUUUUUUGAUUGAAGUAGCUAAGGUGUUCUAGAAUUGAAUGGUUUGGCAUUUGGUGAAUCACGUUUCUGAACGGAAUGUUGUGUGUCUCUGAGAAGAAAGGGGUGCGUAGUUUAUCGGGAAGUUGGUAAGGUAGUCGAGGUGCUUGUUUUCUGACAAUAUAUGUGAUCUAACCACCAUUGGAGAUUUGCGCUGGAGUGGUUGGGCGUGCCCGGGACUGUCACGAUGUCCUCUUUGAGUCGAGAACUGGUGUUCUUGAUACUGCAGUUCUUAGAUGAAGAGAAGUUCAAGGAGACUGUACAUAAGUUGGAACAAGAAUCUGGCUUCUUCUUCAAUAUGAAGCACUUUGAGGAGAGUGUCCAAGCAGGUGAAUGGGAUGAGGUUGAACGUUACUUAAGUGGAUUUACGAAGGUUGAGGAUAACCGAUAUUCGAUGAAAAUUUUCUUUGAGAUUAGAAAGCAAAAAUAUCUUGAAGCUCUUGAUAGAGACGACCGGCCUAAAGCAGUUGAGAUCCUCGUGAAGGAUCUCAAGGUGUUUGCCUCUUUUAACGAAGAUCUUUUCAAAGAGAUAACUCAGCUUUUGACUCUUGACAAUUUUAGGCAGAAUGAACAGCUCUCCAAGUAUGGGGACACAAGGUCUGCGCGGAACAUUAUGCUAGUUGAACUUAAAAAGCUUAUAGAGGCAAAUCCGUUGUUCCGCGACAAGCUCACAUUGCCUGCAUUCAAGGCUUCAAGAUUAAGAACUCUAAUUAAUCAAAGUCUUAACUGGCAGCAUCAGCUUUGUAAGAAUCCACGCCCCAAUCCAGAUAUCAAAACUCUGUUUACUGAUCAUUCUUGUGCUUCGAGUAAUGGCACACGAGGGCCACCUACUAAUAAUGUUCCUCUUGCUGGAUCGGUCCCCAAACCUGGUCUCUUUCAUCCUCUUGGGGGUCAUGGUCCUUUCCAGCCAGUUGUCUCUCCUCCUCCAAGCGCUAUUGCAGGUUGGAUGUCAAGUCCUAACCCAUCUAUACCUCAUGCAGUUGUUGCUGCAGCUUCACCUGGUCUCAUUCAGGCAUCUAGUUCUGCAGCAUUUCUGAAACAUCCAAGAACUCCUGGUGGUCCUGGUAUGGAAUACCAGACUGCUGACUCAGAGCAUUUGUUGAAACGUCUUCGAGCUGGACAUCCUGAUGAGGUUUCAUUUUCUGGUUCUACUCAUCUGCCUAAUAUCUAUUCGCCAGAUGACCUUCCCAAAACAGUUGUGCGAAGUCUCAAUCAAGGGUCAAAUGUGAUGAGCAUGGACUUCCAUCCACUACAACAAACAGUUCUUUUAGUUGGAACAAAUGUUGGUGAUAUUAGCAUAUGGGAAGUUGGUUCUCGUGAACGGUUAGCUCUUAAAACAUUUAAGGUUUGGGACAUAUCAGCUUGUUCAAUGCCCUUUCAAACAACCUUGGUUAAAGAUGCCACCAUAUCUGUCAACAGAUGUGCUUGGGGCCCGGAUGGAUCUAUACUUGGUGUUGCCUUCUCCAAGCAUAUUGUUCAGAUAUAUACAUAUAAUCCUGCCGGAGAAUUAGGACAACAUUUAGAAAUUGAUGCUCAUGUAGGCGGUGUUAACGACAUUGCCUUUGCUCAUCCAAAUAAACAGCUUUGCGUUGUUACAUGUGGAGAUGACAAGACAAUUAAGGUAUGGGAUGCUGUUUCUGGGCGUACACAGUAUACAUUUGAAGGUCAUGAAGCUCCUGUUUACUCUGUUUGUCCACAUUAUAAAGAAAAUAUUCAGUUUAUAUUCUCUACAGCAAUUGAUGGAAAAAUAAAGGCAUGGCUAUAUGAUUCCUUGGGAUCAAGAGUAGAUUAUGAUGCCCCUGGACUUUGGUGCACAACGAUGGCAUAUAGUGCUGAUGGAACAAGACUCUUCUCUUGUGGAACUAGCAAAGAAGGUGAAUCUCACCUAGUUGAGUGGAAUGAAAGCGAAGGUGCGAUCAAGAGAACGUACUCUGGUUUUCGGAAACGUUCUUUAGGAGUUGUGCAGUUUGACACUACAAGGAACCAUUUCUUAGCCGCUGGUGAUGAGUUUCAGAUAAAGUUCUGGGAUAUGGAUAAUACCAACAUGCUUACUUAUACAGACGGUGAUGGCGGACUUCCUGCCAGCCCUAGAUUACGAUUUAACAAGGAAGGCUCGUUGCUUGCUGUUACAACGAGUGACAAUGGAAUUAAGAUAUUGGCCAAUAUUGAUGGACAGCGCAUGUUGAGAAUGCUGGAGACCAGAGCACUUGAUGGCGCUCGUGGUUAUGCUGAAGCAGUUAAUGCCAAACCUGCAAUUGCUGGUGCAUUAGGUCCCAUUGCUAAUGUUUCAGCCUCUGCAUCCCAUGUCGUUGAAAAAACUGACCGAAUCCCUCAGCCAAUGUCGCUUGGCAAUCUAGCCACUUUGGACGGCAGCAGAACUGCAGACGUGAAACCAAGGAUUGAUACUACAGAAAAAAUUAAAAGCUGGAAGUUUGCAGAUAUCACUGAUUCAUCUCAACUCAAGACUCUGAAGUUGCCCGAUUCUCUCACAGCUAGCAAAAUUGUACGCCUGCUAUACACAAAUUCUGGUUUAGCUGUACUUGCAUUGGCUUCAAACGCUGUCCAUAAGCUGUGGAAGUGGCAGCGCAAUGACCGGAAUCCCACUGGCAAGUCUUCUGCCACCAUUGUGCCACAGCUGUGGCAGCCUACUAAUGGGGCUCUCAUGUCUAACGAUGUAAAUGAUGCCAAACCAGCUGAUGACUCUGUUGCAUGCAUCGCCUUAUCCAAAAAUGAUUCCUAUGUGAUGUCUGCUUCAGGGGGAAAGGUCUCAUUGUUCAACAUGAUGACUUUCAAGGUCAUGACAACGUUCAUGCCACCGCCUCCUGCAGCAACUUAUUUGGCUUUUCAUCCCCAGGACAACAAUAUAAUCGCUAUUGGGAUGGAAGACUCGACAGUUCAAAUUUACAAUGUUAGGGUUGAUGAGGUUAAAACCAAGCUCAAGGGUCACCAGAAACGGAUCUCAGGGCUUGCAUUUUCACAAAGUUUGAACGUAUUGGUGUCAUCAGGAGCUGAUGCACAGCUGUGUGUGUGGAUUAUUGACGGAUGGGAGAAGAAGAUGGCACGGACUAUCCAGGCACCUCCGGGCCACCAAACUCCCCUGGUUGGAGAAACCAAAGUCCAGUUCCAUAACAACCAAACUCACCUGCUGGUUGUUCAUGAGAGCCAAAUAGCAGUUUACGAUGCUCAACUUGAAUGUUUACGCGCAUGGUAUCCGAGGGAUUCGCUGUCGGCCCCUGUUUCAAGUGGUAUCUACUCAUGCGAUGGUCUGUUGGUAUUUGCCGGAUUUUGUGAUGGCGCUGUUGGAAUCUUUGAUGCCGAGAGCCUAAGCCUUCGUUGUAGGAUAGCACCAUCCGCUUACAUACCAGCCUCAGUGUCCAGCAGUGGCAACACGUUCCCCGUGGUUAUUGCAGCGCAUCCGUCGGAUGGCAGUCAAUUUGGGCUUGGCAUGAGCGACGGGGCAGUUCAUGUGAUCGAGCCCUGUGAUGUGGACACAAAAUGGGGCGGCGGAAAGACGACGACGUCUCAAGAGAACGGGAUCCCGUCGAGCAGUCAGCCGUCGGAAACUCCAUCGAGGUGACUGACAUUUUGGAGAAAAAGCAAUACGGAUAGUUUUAAGGCUCUAAUGUAAGGUGAGGAGAAUUGAGGGAUGAUUCUGUACAUUGUUGUUUAACCACUGGCACCAUCACAUAUUUCUCACAUGUUUUAGCCUAAACAUAUGAUAGUUUACCAUUUUGGUUAUAGGACAUUAUUUUGGUA